AUACUAUCCAGAUCUCAAUAUUAUUCAUCACCUCCCCAAAUGGCAUCUACUCCUCUGCUCCACCUCUCUCUCCACCGCCCACAAAUCCUAACCACAAAAUCCUACCACCGCCCUUCAUCUAAAAUCACCGCCCUGUUACGUCACCCUCUCAGAUCAACGGUCAAGAUCCCUCAACCACCUCCACCCCACUGCCGUCCCCGACCUUCCCUCACCAUAUCCGCCUCCUACACCCCCACUCCGGUCACCGACCGCCUGAUUUCCGCCGCCGCCUACUUCCUCCCCUUCUUGAACGGCCUCCAGUACGGCCGCUUCCUCUUCGCCCAGUACCCAACCCUAGCCCUAGCCUUGGAGCCCAUCCUCCCUCUCCUCCGCCUCUACAGCUCCAUGCCCUACGCCAGCUUCGUCGCCUUCUUUGGCCUCUACCUCGGCGUAGUCAGGAACGCCGCGCUCAGCCGCUACGUGAGGUUCAAUGCGAUGCAGGCGGUGGUGCUCGACGUGCUCUUGGUGCUGCCGAUGUUGCUUCUCAAGAUCUUCAGCCCGGGUCGGACCGGAAUCGGGUUCAAGCUGAUGGUGAUGGGUCAUAAUGCGGUUUUUGUGUUUAUAGUGUUCUGUUUUGUUUAUAGUUUGGUGUGUUCAGUUCUGGGUCGGACCCCCCACCUGCCCUUUGUGGCUGAUGCAGCUGGUAGACAAUUGUGAUGCGAUCAAUUUUGCCUUUAAUUGAAAGAGUUUUUAUGUUUGGCACUGUAAUAUUGGCUUUUCCUUUUUCUUUGUUUGAGCUUUAUGAAGUUAGGGUUUGUGUAUAUAUAUUUAGACGUUGAAGGAUUUAUUUAUUUAUUUUUUUA